ACCCCGACUCCUGGGCUGGGCAGCCAGCGGAGCGCCCGGGAACGCCGCGAGCCGCGCUGUCCCCUCCCAGCCGCCCCCUCCGGCCAGCGAGCCCCCUCCCGCCUCUCUGCCCUCCCCGCUCGGAGCGUGCAGACGUGACCCUCGCUUAAAAGCAGCCUUGCACCCGCUGCCGCCACCCGCCCCGGCUCGCUCGCUCUCCAAGAGCCGACGCUUCCGAGCCCUCCGGCGGAGCGCAGCGGUAGCUGCCGCUGCAGCAGCUGCCAUGGAGCGGGGAACAGGCGGCGGCCGCAAGUGAGCUCGAUCCAGCGGCCGGACAGCCCAGCAGGCUGGGGGAUACAGCCAGGGGCCGAGGCGGAGGGAGCCGGAGCCGUCUUUUCGCGCGCCUCUGUCGAAGCAGUUGCAGAAUCCAGAAGUAUGGAUCUUUGGCCAUUGUUGUUUACUUUGGCACUGGUGUCUGCAAACAAAUCUCUUUCCACAAGUGUGGAAAGACCACAUAUCAUUAAGUGCAGAUCACCUGAAAUGGAAACAUUUUCUUGUUAUUGGAAUAAUGGUGAUUUUCACAGUUUAACUGCCCCGGAAAACAUUCAACUGAUGUAUAUAAAAAGGCAAAGUGAAUGGAAAGAAUGUCCUGAUUAUGUAACUGCUGGUGAAAACAGCUGUUACUUCAACGCAACGUACACCUCUAUUUGGGUUCCUUAUUGCAUCAAGCUAAUAGGUGAAAAUCAAACAUAUGAUGAAAAAUGCUUCCACGUUGAAGAAAUAGUAAUUCCUGACCCUCCUGUUGGACUCAACUGGAGUGUAAUAAACACAAGCCCAAUAGGCAUGUACACAGAUAUUGAAGUUACCUGGAAGCCUCCACCUUCUGCAGAUGUUAAGAAUGGAUGGAUCACUCUGCAAUAUCAGCUGCAGUUCAAAGAAGUCAAUGGGACAAGAUGGAAUGAGCUGAGGACGACCUCAACGACAGAACUUCCUGUGUAUGCUCUGAUGACUUGCCGUGAUUACGAGAUACGAAUACGAGCAAAAGGAGCAUCUGAAAUCUAUGGAGAGUUCAGUGAAAUACUUUACGUGUCUUUUGGUGCAACAAGCCUGGUGCCAUGUGAGGAAGAAUUUCAAGUUUCUUGGUCUUUGGUGAUAGCUUUUGGAACCCUCGGCUUGAUGGUGAUGUUGUCGCUAGUCCUGUUUUCUAAACAGCAGAAGUUAAAGAUAAUGAUUCUUCCUCCUGUUCCAGUUCCCAAAAUUAAAGGGAUUGAUCCAGACCUCUUAAAGAAAGGAAAACUUGAUGAAGUAAAUUCCAUCCUAGCCUGUCAUGGUAGUUACAUACCACAGCUAUAUGGAGAUGACUCUUGGGUUGAAUUCAUCGAGUUGGAUAUAGACGAUGCUGAAGAGAGAACUGAAGGGUCAGAUACUGACAGACUUCUCAGCAAUGACCACUUGAAGUCUCACAGCUGUCUUGGAGUGAGGGAUGAUGAUUCUGGGCGGGCCAGCUGCUGUGAGCCAGAUAUCCCAGAGACCGAUUUCAGUGCAAGCGAUACGUGUGAUGGAACCUCAGACAUUGGUCAGUCCAAAAAGGCAAAUGAAAAAGAAGAGGAUCUCUUGUGCCUUGAUCCAAAAGAUAACAAGAAGCCAAUGUCCAGUCUUGACAACUCAGCUACCCAGCAGCCAUCUGAUAAUCCAACAGAAGAUCAGCAACAAAAAAACCAGGUUUCUAACGACACUGAGGCAGCCAGCCCUCCUAUCCAAACUCAGCUAAGCAACCAGAGCUCAGUGGCAAACACGGACUUUUACACGCAAGUCAGUGACAUUACACCAGGUGGAAGUGUUGUGCUUUCCCCGGGGCAAAAAAUUAAGAUGGGGAAAACCCUGAGUAAGGUUCAGAAAGAACCCACUGCACAGUGCCAACCAAAUUUUGCCAUGGAUGGUGCCUAUUUCUGUGAGCUGGAUGCAAAAAAAUGUGUCACUGUGACACCUCACGAAGAGGCUGAGCCAGAAACGGAAGAGCAGAGCUUUCCUGAGGGUGCUUACUUCGCCACAGAGAGCCUUUCCACUAAUGCUGUGAACAACAACAACAACGCAGCAGCUGCAGAAGAAGAAGCCGAAAGUUCUGACAUGCCUGUGGCGGACUAUACCUCCAUUCACCUGGUACAAUCUCCACAAGGCCUUGUGCUCAAUGCUACAGCUCUGCCUGUGCCGGACAAAGAAUUCAUUGCAUCAUGUGGUUAUAUGAGCACAGACCAACUGAACAAAAUCCUGCCAUAGCUUUCCUUUAAAGUGCAAAAUGAUGUGAGGCCCACCCCCCACCCCCCCACAAAUGCCUCCAUGAGGUUCUGAUGCACAUGUGGAGCUCUUUGGAAACAGGUUCAUUUCAUUACCAUGAAAUGCUUUUCAUAAUUGUAGAGCAUUCAUUAACAUAGCAAUGAUUAGUUAUGUUUAUGGGGAGCUCCAUGUGCGUGUCGGAGCCCCUGCAUGCACACUGGAGCCUUUGGAUCGGGACGUCGUAUAUAAAUGGCAUAGAGUUGGCUUGGGCUUGUAUGCUUAAACCAAAACAAAUAUGUUCAGUAUUUUUCAAAGGGGAAGGAGAAUGGAGCCCCUUCCACUUUAUUCUGAGAUAUUGCAUCAGUCACAGUAUCGCUACCAUGUCUUGCAAAUAUCGUCUUUUGAAAUGUUGUGGAGGCUGGUUUCAGUAAUGGUGACUGUCUUUUGUUAUUGUCAGUGUCAGUUUGGGGGUCAUUCUUAAGAAACUGGAUGACUUUUAAUGUGCCGUAAAUCAUCUUUAUUCAAAAAGCUAAUAGCAAGUGGUUUUUGAAGUGUGAAUAUUUAAUGUUAAAUUGUAUCCGAUGCCAAGAAGUUUAUGCUGGGAUUUGGAGAAAAUAUGCAGGAAAGCAAAAGAAGUUUGGAUAAAUACAUUUAUUUUGAUUUAUAUAAAUAGACCUAUUUUAAUACUUUAGACAAGCAGGCAUGGAUAUUUUAUAUGUACACUGCACACUGUAGUUUAAUUGUAACGGUCCAUCUCUAGAAUGUACAUGCUUGCAGUUAUUGCUGCGAUUUUAGACAAGAAUAUAAGGGGAAUCUUUUUUUUUUUACAAAAUGUUUUUAUAAGUCCACAAAAUCUAUACAGCAUUCUCAAUGUAAAGUUGCUGUGCUAUCUUAUUGGAACCUAUUUGAUUCUUUAAAAACUAUUGCUAUCCAUGCUUUUGUGUUUCGUAGCAAAACACUGCAAUUACAAACACAGAGACUUUUGGUCACCCUAGCACCAUUACCAUGCAAUUUGUAUAGCAGCAAGAACUAAAACGGAUUUAGAUUUUUCAGGACCAGAACUACACUUUUAUGCAAAGUUUUGAAGCACACAAGAAGCAGCAACACUGUCCUUCACAUCAUAUUCUGAAGCCUUUGACUCAGAAAAAUGCAAUGGAAUUUAGUACAAAUCCUGAGUGAAAGUCAAGUCUCCAGAAUGUGUUAAAGCUCAUACUCUGAAUUAAAUGAAGCUAUAGAAUUCAGUAUAAUAUUGUUAACAAUGCAAUUUUUUUUUUGCAUAUUCUGCGUACGUAGCAAGGCUUUUAAGAAGUAGUGUGGCUUAAGCCUUAUUUACUUUGGUCUGUUUUCUCAUGGUACGCCUUAACAGUCUUCAAUCUCAAUUUUUGUUUACAUAAGCCAGGGUUAAAUAAUGUAAAUAAAUAAAUGAAUUUAAAAAAUUAAAUCCAAAGGUCUGUUUCCAGCAUGCACACCAUGCUUUGUUUCUUCAUCAGUAUAUAGGCUGUUAUGUAGCAGUUAUAAGGCCAUGACCAGACAUGUGGCCAGUGGUAGCUGACUCUAGAUUUGCAGUAUUUUCAGCUCUGAAUCCCUGGGGUCAGAGACUUGAGCUGUAAGCUGAGAGCCUACCGCUCCAAAAUUUGAGGUUCCCGACCUUAAGCUGUAGCGUACUCAGGGCUUUUUUUCAGCAGGAAUGCGGUGGAACGGAGUUCCGGAACCUCUUGAAAAUGGUCACAUGGCUGGUGGCCCCACCCCCUGAUCUCCAGACAGAGUGGAGUUUAGAUUGCCCUCCACGCCGCUCCAGCAGCGCAGAGGGCAAUCUAAACUCCCCUCUGUCUGGAGAUUGGGGGUGGGUGGGGCCACCAGCCAUGUGACCAUUUUCUCCUAGGGCAACCCACUGAGUUCCACCACCUCUUUUCCCAGAAAAAAGCCCUGAGAGUACUGAUGUACAGUGUGUACCAAGAGGCACAUAGAAACAGCUUAAAAUGUUCCUUUAACCACAUGACUGAAAUUGUGCCUCUAGAGACAUGAACAUGGGUUGUUGUGAUUGUGGAAGAGGAUUUACUGAAUGCAGUUCCUGUUUGCAGGUGACAUUGCACAUGAACUAUUGUCUGAUUAGUCACUGACUUUUCCCUUCCAAUCAGUGUUGUUAUGUAGAAAAAUCAAAAGGCUAUUUGAGGCACCUCCAAAUAGACCUGUUUGGAUAUGAGAUACUAAUUGAUUGAAGAAGGUCAUUAUCAGGAGGGGGCUUGCUGAAAUAUAAACACAUACACCGUGCACUGUGUCUUGUGCAAGUGAAAACAGAAGUCACAAUAUAUUCAAGUUGACUUCGUGCAAGGAUUACUUCCAAUUACUUCCUUGCAUUUCCAUUUGCACAAGAGCUCUUGGAUGAGUGGAAGUAUUUGGUGGGAUCCAGCCUCAUGGCCGUUGACUGUAUUGACACAUUCACAUGAAUAUAUACCUGCAUAUGCACAACUGAGCAGAGAAAAUAAUGCGGGACUUGCAUAUGUGAACUGGCCUGAAAUUAGAAGACAGAGCCCUUAGACUAGUAGAGGUUCUCUUUCUCAACUGUAGCUAUCUUUAAGGCAGGAUUAAGCCAUCAAACUUGGUGGCAGGCCAUCAAGCUGGGACAGUCACAGUUGUGAUAUCUAAAAACAUAGGCACCUUGUGAACGUAUGUUUACAUUGGAAUUGGGUAAGUAGUCUAUAAGACCAGAAGGAGGUCAGGGUCCAGAUCUGGACCCCAAUCAAUUGCAAACACUUGCCUUAAUCAACAUUUUUUUGUAAUUCACUGAACUUUGUGAGACUUGUGUCUAAAUAAACAUGCUUAGGGUCACACUGUUAGAUUUCCCUGGCUAUAUGUUACAUUUGUCACAUGGAAAAUAGCCAGGUGCUGACUGGGAAGAAUUGAUCAGGUUCCUCCUUCCCACAGUCAGUGAAAAUGUAGGGGCUUGCCUUAAAGUCCUAGGAAAGAAACAACAAGCAGACUUUUCUGUUACCUUACUUAGAUAAUUUUCCAUCAUCUUGUCCUUACCAAUUGCUAAAGGAAAGAAGCUGGGUGAGAGGACCAGAUACCAGAAGGGAAAAACCAGCAGCCUCUUAUUCUCUCUGAACUAGAGAUGGGCAUGAACCGGAAAAAAACCAAACUGUGCGGUUCGUGGUUCAUCGCAUUUCAUGAACCACACCCUGGUUCGCAAACUGGUUCAGUUGGUUUGUGAAAAUGUCACAUCCAGGUCAGCAAAUCGUCACUUCCGGGUCAGCAGAAGGCCACUUCUGAGCCAGCAGAAAGUCUGCAGGAAGUCCAUCCCCUGUUGCCUAGGAAACUGAUUGAUCGGCAGCAGGCUGUCUGCAGUGACGAACCAAACGAACCAGCCUAAAGUUCGUGGCGGUUCAUCAGAAAUGGGCUCUGAUGAACCGCCAGUUCGCGAACCAUGAACCGGCCUGGUUCAUCACGAACUUUGGUUCAUAUUUCGGUUCGUGCCCAUCUCUACUCUGAACGUUCAAAAUUUUACUGCUUUUCACUCAGAGUAAUGUGUAGCCAGAUUCUAAUGACCACACCAAAACUGAUAGCCUAUGAGUCUCUUUACACAAGAUACCUUACACGUGCGUCCCUGUGUAAGAUUUCUUGUGUAGAGAAACUGUCUCAAGCAGAGUAAAGUUCCACAUAAGCAGUUCACAGCCAGUUUUAGGCAAGAUCUGAAGGUUGUGACCAAGAAGUUGCACCUCUGGGAAUGACAGCAGAGUUAGACAAGGUUCUCGAUUCAAAACAAUUGUAAUUUUAAACUAAUCCCAGCAUCCUGAAUCAUGUAAACAAACCUUGAGGAGCAAACCAAAUCACAGCUGGAGACUCUGGUAUGCUUAAGCAUUUUUGAAGAAUAUAGCUCAGAGACUAUUUAUUUCAGAAAUCACAAUUUCUGACAUACUCACUACCAUAACAAAGCUAUUUUUCUAAACUUCAAAUAUAAGCAAGUAUGUGGCCUUCUCAGUGGCUGGAAAGAAGAAAUUCUAUGUUUGGCUUGUAUUUUUAAGACAAUUUGUAUUAGAUACUCUACUGACAUGUUACAACUUUUUUCUUCCCGACAGCCAUCUCCUUUAGUUCUCAGCGCUAAUGCCAUUAAAGCUAUGUAUGUCUCUGUCGGGGGCAAGGGAGCCUUAUACUGUAUUUCUAUAUUGAUGGAGCAUUUCAAUCACCAAAAACUAGUUAAAUACCUCAAUCAAUCUCAGAAUGUCAUUUUGGUACUUUGCUGGUCACACAAGCCAUUAUGCUCUAAUAUGAAGAAUUGUGUCUUUCUGUUUAUAUUUAACUUGCCUCAUGUCAGUGUUGUUAUUUCUUCUUCGAGUUUAAUAAAUUUAUUUUCAUUGAUC